GCGAUUGCGAUUCCCACUCAGCCCUCCAGGCUCGAAACCUAACCCACCCGCCCGGGGAUCCCAAGCGGCGGCGGCGGCGGCCAUGGAGCCCUCCCCCGUCGGCGACGGUGGCUCGGCGGAGCGGUGGCGCGCGGAGGCGUCGCGGGCGUUCCAGCACUACCUGGACCGCGCGGCGCCGCACACGGCGGGGCGGUGGGCGGGCACGCUCGUGGCCGCGGCGGUGUACGCGCUUCGGGUCUACUACGUGCGCGGCUUCUACGUCGUCACCUACGGGCUGGGCAUCUACCUGCUCAACCUCCUCAUCGGCUUCCUCUCCCCCAUGGUCGACCCGGAGCUCGAGGCGCUCGAGGCCGGGCCCGGGCUCCCCACCCGCGGCUCCGAAGAGUUCAAGCCCUUCGUCCGCCGCCUCCCCGAGUUCAAGUUCUGGUAUGCCAUAACAAAAGCCUUUUGCAUUGCUUUCGUCAUGACCUUCUUCUCUGUAUUCGAUGUUCCUGUCUUCUGGCCAAUACUUCUCUGUUACUGGAUUGUGCUCUUUGUCCUGACAAUGAAGCGACAAAUUAUGCAUAUGGUCAAGUACAAGUAUGUCCCAUUCAGCUUUGGAAAGCAGAGGUAUGGCGGAAAGAAACGCCCUGGAGCCAGUGCAUCAAAAGAGUAAAGACCGGAGGGUCUUGUACCUCAAAGAGCAAAUGCCUGUGUUAUCUGUGAGGCAUUUUGCUGGCAUCAUGGUAUUUUGAGUACCAGCUACUGAUAGUGAAUGCACACCAUAUUCACUAGUGGAGUCUGCAGAGAAGCUAACCAGACUUUUGCAUUGGUUAAUGAUUCCUGUUUCACAAGUCGGUAGUUUAUGUACAAUGACAUGGAACAUAGCUAGUAAAUCAGAUUCUCAGUUCCUCUUGUGCUGUGCUUUUGUCGACAAGUUGUGGACCUGUUGAACUGUUGCAAAUCCAAAGCACGCGAAGACCGAGAAAAC